AACAAAUCCGAUCCACUGGCGAAAGCAAUCAAACUAAUUUGUCCAUUAUCCAGAAAGAAAGUAUUAAAAGGUUGCUGCUGCUCCAUUCGUACCAGCUGUUGUGAUGAGUUUCGGUAGUUGGGCAGCUGAACUUGUCCUUGGCGAAGAUUAGUAAUCGGAUAAACCAGACGUAAAUGGUGCGCAAUUCGGUACAAAAACACUAUAACGAGAACGACUUAAUAAGUUGUUAUUACAUGUGAGCAUUUUUCUUACUACGGUGGCACACAGUUUCUCAACAGACGCACCAACCGUUUGUUGCCGGACGCUUCAUCUGGUUUCCUGCAUAAGUUCGCUGCCUGACGCCGGUACAAAGCGUUGGCAUCACCGCAUGCGUCAACACGGCUGUCCAACCGUCGCCGUUUAACCCCCCCUCGUGAAAACCCGGCCCGUGUGUGUACAUAUCCGUCCUUGUGUGGGGUAUUGCGAUAUUUAUGGUGCUUCGAACCCAAGUUCGAACCGAUUGUAAAACCGAUAUAAAUAGUACGCUGCCGGGACGAAGCGGUAGUGGAAGGGCCGGUUCGGACGCCGGACAGUAUCGUAAGCGGCUGGGCCACAUCGAGUGCGCCGAACCUUGCUGGCACUGGUGUAGCUGCGACGGUUGCGUCCGGGUCCGGGUUUGUGGUGCCGAACGUGACGCGCGGCAAUUUGGACGAAGGGAACGAAUACCGUCGGCAACAAACCGAGCAACGGUUACGGCCCGCCACGCUUAGAAAUAUGUCCGGUACGACGGGGAAGCGCAAGGAGAUCUACAAAUAUCUCGCACCAUGGCCACUCUACUCGAUGAACUGGUCCGUGCGGCCGGACAAACGGUUCCGUCUAGCGCUCGGCAGCUUCGUCGAGGAAUACAACAACAAGGUGCAGAUCAUAAGUCUCGACGAGGACACCAGCGAGUUCAGCGCGAAAAGCACAUUCGACCAUCCGUAUCCAACCACCAAGAUCAUGUGGAUACCCGAUUCGAAGGGUGUGUAUCCGGAUUUGCUUGCAACCAGCGGCGACUACUUGCGGCUAUGGCGUGCCGGCGAACCCGACACGAGACUCGAGUGCGUGCUGAACAACAACAAAAACAGUGACUUCUGUGCGCCGCUCACAUCCUUCGAUUGGAACGAGGUCGAUUUGAACCUUGUCGGUACGUCGUCGAUCGAUACCACCUGCACGAUCUGGGGCCUGGAAACGAGUCAACCGCUCGGGCGUGUUAAUCUCGUGUCCGGCCACGUCAAGACGCAACUCAUCGCACAUGACAAGGAGGUGUACGAUAUAGCAUUCUCGCGCGCAGGCGGUGGUCGAGAUAUGUUUGCCUCGGUCGGUGCGGACGGAAGCGUGAGGAUGUUCGAUCUGCGCCAUCUAGAACACUCGACCAUCAUCUACGAGGAUCCGGCCCACACACCGCUGCUACGGUUGGCGUGGAACAAGCAGGACCCGAACUAUCUGGCCACGGUGGCGAUGGAUAGCUGCGAGGUCAUCAUACUAGAUGUGCGGGUACCGUGCACACCGGUCGCCCGGCUCAGCAAUCAUCGGGCGUGCGUGAACGGAAUUGCCUGGGCACCGCACAGCUCCUGCCACAUAUGUACGGCGGGCGACGACCACCAGGCGCUGAUCUGGGACAUACAGCAGAUGCCGCGGCCUAUCGAAGAUCCAAUCCUCGCGUACACGGCGGCUGAGGGCGAGGUCAACCAGAUACAGUGGGGCGCAACACAACCGGACUGGAUCGCCAUCUGCUACAAGACAGCUUGCGAGAUUUUGCGCGUCUAAUAAGGGUAUGAGGUUAGAAAUUUUUGCGCUUUAUCGUAGCUGAGCGCUGCUGAGAGCCGCAGCGUGAGUGAUUCGUGUUUCCUGGGUAAUGGGCAUGGGUAAAGAACGAAACACGCGCUCAAAACGGUAUGUAGCUUUUGGUAGGUUAUGGUUUUUAGUUCCCUAACCGGUAGUACAUUUUAGGGUUGCAUUGUGCACCUGCUAGGAUGCAUUUAGCGUUCAUGUUUCAUGAGUUUCGUACGAAUAGCUUUGGCUAUUUCAGCUGCUGCUAGUGGUAGGACUGAGAGAUUUCAGUUGCUGCAUUUCCGUUUG